GCGUUCAUCGCGUGAUUUCCGCUUGGGGUCGCUGCUUUGGAAGCCGCCAUUUCAUCUCGUAGUCUGCAACGUGGGGUGUGAUUUUGUUCAAAUUUUCCGGCACAGACUCGAGUGCUUCAGCUUAAGGUGUCUCUUUCACAGAUGAGGAUGAAAGUGGAGCAAGAUGGCGAAGAGAAAGGGCCAAUUGGCAGCCUUGGUGGUGACAACUCACGGAGAAACAACCCCGCACUCAGUUUGCCUCACGAGAAGCUGUUUGUGGGCGGCCUCAGUUGGGAGACCACGCAAGAAUCUCUGCACCGGUAUUUCAGCCGCUUUGGCGAGGUCGUCGACUGUGUUGUUAUGAAAAACAGUGAAUCUGGCCGCUCAAGAGGGUUUGGUUUCGUUACUUUCUCUGACCCAAACAACGUCGGACUCGUUUUGGACAACGGACCCCACAUGCUGGACGGACGCACUAUUGACCCUAAGCCUUGCAACCCGAGAAGCAUGCAAAAGCCAAAGAGGAAUGUUAACUGGCCAAAGGUGUUCCUCGGCGGCUUGCCCUCGAACGUAACAGAGACAGACCUGCGGAACCACUUCACAUCAUUCGGCAAAGUGAUGGAGGUGGUCAUCAUGUACGACCAGGAGAAAAAGAAGUCGAGAGGAUUUGGAUUUUUGUCUUUUGAGACCGAUGAUGCAGUGGAACGUUGUGUGGCUGAACAUUUCGUCAACCUAAAUGGCAAACAGGUUGAAAUAAAAAAAGCUGAGCCCAGAGAUAUGAAGAUGGGCGACGGACCCCAGGGCCAGUGGGGACCACCGCAGGGCGGACCACCAAUGAGUAUGGGAGGCGGUAUGGGACACAUGGGCGCCCACAACGGCCAAAUGACCGGUCCGAUGGGUGGCCACAUGGGUCACAUGGGCCCGCACGGCAGCAUGAUGCAGAGCUACCAGGGCUGGGGCACGCCGCCGCAGCAGCAGAGCUACCCAGGCCAUUGGGGGCCCCCUCCCUCGAGCCAGCCACCAGUCAAUGGUUACGGCAACCCCGCGCAGCCGGGCAGUUACCAGGGCUGGGGCGCGCCCGCCGCUCAUCAGGGACAGCAGCUGCCACCGCAGUGGAGCGCAAACUUCGGUGGACCGCCCGCCCAGCAAGGAUAUGGAGGUUACGGUGAAAUGUAUCAGAGACAGUCGGGACCCGGCAACCCUAAUGCUCAGCACGGCCAGGCUUCUGGAGGCAGCACAUCUGGCCAGAAAGGAAGCAAUGACUACAAUUCCUACGCCAGCACGUACAACAUGGGCAACUAUGCCCAAGUGAGUCAAGAAGCGUCAAAUUACGGUCCUGCACGCAGUUACAGCCAAGACGCGGCAAGUCAGGGCGGCGGCGGCUACGGCCACCCCCCACCCCCAGGUGGGAAUAGUUUCGAGUUUUCGGAUUGGUCGUCGUGACAGGGGCGAGGCUCAUGGGCGCGGGUCCAGCAGCAGCAUAGCCCCUCGGCCCCCUCGUACUGGAUGCAAAGUUUUUAGUGUAUGACAGAAUAAAAAUAAGCAAAAAAUGAAGAGUUCUACGGAUGAAAGAAAGAAAGAAAGAAUAAUUCAACAAAAAGAGAUCAUGCUACUAAAACUAAUAAUUAAAUUAAAAUCUAACGAUUACAAGUAAUGAGAAAUUAUCAUCGUAAGAAAAAUGAAGGCCUGGCUUUUUGACUGAUGUAAAUAGAUAAAAUGGUCGUUUUAUUAAUUCAGUUACUCAGACUUGUCCCGUACAUUAGGAGAGAAAGAAAAGAAGGAAAACAGUGAGCACCAUUGAACCACCUGCGCGCUUUUUAAUUAAGAUUUCAUUUGUCUGGUUUUUAAUUUGUUUUUUUGUGUUUCGAUCGAGAUUCUGUUCCGCAUUGUAAAAUACUAUCUUAAGUGUUAAGAGAAAAACUGACAGUCAUUCAUUAUAAGGGGUGAGAUGGCAAUGCUAGACAACUCGUUGAAAAUCGUUUGUUUAUCACGUAGGAACAAUCACACACCCACACGCCACGCCACACGCUAAUGUGUUAAAAUGGAUCAUCUCUUAAGGGUUAAUUUCUCCGCUGUUAUAUUUUUGUGUAAAUGCUUUGACAGCUUAUUGUUUUUUCUUCUUUUUUACGAUUAUAAUGUAUAUCAUUCAUUGUCUACAUGAGUAUGAAUUUAUAAAAAUAUUAUACAAAUUUCGAAAUUGACACACGAGUGGACAACGCGAUGAUGAUAAUUUUUUGCUGUGUAGAAAGCUGGAUUUUUCGUUGUUUGUUCGUCCCGAGGCUCGCUCGCAUGGACUCUUUCUUUUGUUUCACGAAUAAGUUGCUACGCAGUGAACAUAAACAUUACACACACACACAAACACACACUCACUCCUCGACUCAAGCAACUCUAGGCAUAGGGAAACGUGAAAUACUACUGAGAACCUUCUGAAGAUAAGUAAAUUAAAAAUGAGAAUACAAUGGACCCACGCGCUAUCAGCGUCGUACAGUUUUGAUUAAUGCUAGCUUCAUUGCGCACAUUGUUUUAUGAUUUCAUUAUUUGUAUUGACCUCAGAUUUUAUUCUGUAGAAAUGCGUAGUGAGUAUUAAAAGAUAAGAAGCUGAAAUAAACAAA